GACAUCAUGAGGAUCCCUGUGAACUACACAGAGCUGGCCGCCAUGCCCGAGAACCUCUGGUCCACUGGUAUCACAGCGAUGAACGAGGCGCGGCUUGUGAUGAUGAAUCACGGCAUAGCGAACGGGGCGCGGUGGAUCCUGCCGCUGGACGGAAACCACUUCCUCACUCGCGAGGUGUGGACGUACCUUGCUGCUGCCGCUGACCGGCACGAGGCCCACGGCAAGACUGCGUUCAAAAUUCCAGUGGUGAAGAUCGACGGCCCACAGAGCACUGAGUGGAUCAACGGCAGCACGCUGUACAGCGACCUCUUCCCCCACGCGCCCACGCUGCAGGAGGGCAUGAUAGGCUUCCGCAACGACUCCCCGCACCGCUACCAACCAGGGCUGGGAUUCGGCAGGAGGAACAAGCUAGAAGCCAUCAACCGCAUCUGUGGCACAGGCGAGGACUACACUCCCCUGCAGAUCAUGCACCGGAUGGGCCUAGUCCAGCUCUUCUACCCAGACUUCACCCCCCAGCUUGCAGACACAGGCGAGUGCGGCUGCCAGAGGGAAACCGGCAGUGAGGCCAAGCCGAGACCCAUGCGCAUGUCUGUGCUGCAUUCGUGUGGGCUGUCCAUUCGCCUGUGGUACUACCCAUGCCCGGAGGUGGAUGGUGCGAGGAUCAUGCGCGAUGGGUGGUACCGCUUCAAGCAACGGCAAAAGGCGCGGUUUAUUCUGCUUGACCGAGCAUCGCGCGCAUCAGUCCCAGCAACGUCUCUCUCUACAGGCACGCAAGGCGCCACAUGGGGCGGGGACGAAUGGGAGGACCGCAUCCGACUCUCCGCCGUCCCGCACGAGGGCGGCAUGGUGGUGCUUGUAACGGGCGCCGCUGGAUUCGUGGGCUCGCACACGUCGCUGGCUCUUAAAGAACGAGGCGACGGCGUGAUUGGCCUGGAUAACUUCAACGACUACUAUCCCGUGGCGCUAAAGCGCGCCAGAGAGGAGCGGUUGCUAUCCAACGGAGUCUUCGUCGUCGAAGGCGACAUCAACGAUCAACAGCUCCUCUCCAAGCUCUUCGAGAUCGUACGGUUCACGCACGUGCUCCACCUCGCCGCGCAAGCCGGCGUGCGAUACGCCGUGCACAACCCCUUGGCCUUCGUCCAAAGCAACGUCCUGGGCUUCGUGAAUAUGCUUGAAGCCGUACGAAAGGCGGAUCAUCAACCCGCCAUCGUGUACGCGUCCUCGAGCAGCGUCUACGGUCUCAAUAAAAAAGUCCCGUUUUCGGAAAGCGACCGCACGGAUCGCCCGGCUAGCUUAUACGCGGCGACGAAGAAAGCGGAUGAAAUGCUCGGGCACACAUACAACCACAUCUACGGCCUCUCCAUCACCGCGCUGCGCUUCUUCACCGUGUACGGCCCGUGGGGCCGGCCCGACAUGGCGUACUUUUCCUUCACGCGAAACAUCGCGGAAGGAAAGCCGAUUAAGAUCUUCCGCGGGCCCAACGGGCAAGAGCUGGCGCGCGAUUUCACGUUCAUUGACGAUGUGGUGAAGGGGUGCGUUGCCGCCCUAGAUACUGCCACGCCCAGCGUGGGCGUGGUCACGCAAGGGAAGAAGCGCCGAGCACAGUUCCGGGUGUUCAACCUCGGGAACACUCAGCCGGUUAAGGUGACGGAUUUCGUCAAGCUCCUGGAGAAGCACCUUGAGACUCGCGCGAUUAGGGAUGUGGUUCCCAUGCCCAGCAGCGGCGAGGUGCUGUUUACACACGCGAACGUCACACGCGCUGAGAACGAGCUCGGUUACAGUCCGUCUACAGAUCUAGACGAGGGGUUACAAAAGUUCGUACAGUGGUACAAGUCGUAUUACCAAAAAGGUGGCAGCAACGAGCGGAUGCUGAUCGGGUAUCGACCAUACUGA